AGAGUGGGAAAUUGACAGGAAGGCUUGGGAAACAGGCACAUCAGUGCAAAUUAUUCCCAUGAUAUUUACUUGUUACAUUUCUGUAACACCAAAUAGAAACGCAAAACCGGGUUGCAAUGCAAUCUUCUGAAAAUCACAUGGCAUAUGGCGAUCUAAGAAUAACAUGCUUGUAGAUUACAGUCCGAUAAUGAGAGGGUAGUGUGAUUUUUAAAUGAAUUUACGAGGAUACGAUUGAUCCAAUAGUACAAGGCAUGAGAUGCAUUGACAGGGAAGACGGCGCUUUUUAUUUCCAGCACGUAUGUUUUAAAGGGAAUUUCACUUUGUUUUUAGGUUUGGAAACUCGGCUUGAAAUUUUAAUCCAGCCUCUUCUUGCAGGGGCUGUUGGUAAUGUUUUAAAAUAAGCGUUUGUGAAGAUUGUUGAUUGGAUUUUAUUUUUGGAUCGGAGGGAGAUCUGAUAGCCUUGUUAGGUAUGUUAUAACAUUCCGGUUGUGUGGAGAAGUGGGGGGUCAGGUCAGACAACUCAGCUGCCUCUCGUUCCCCCAAUGACGUCUGGCUGUUCGGUGGGGGGAAGAGGCGAAGCUGGUUCGGCUACCUGGUGCAAGGGAGCACCGAUUACCCCCUUUCUCUUCCACCUUCACCACUUGGGGGGAGAUUCAUUCGUUCAAAAACAGAAGUAUAUAGUAAACCCCCCCCUUCUUUCUGAUUCUGUGCUGCGACAAGCGUUUCAUGCAUGAGUGGAGGAAGAUUUGAUUUCGACGAUGGAGGGGCGUACUGUGGAGGAUGGGAAGGCGGCAAGGCGCACGGCCACGGUAUCUGCACCGGCCCCAAGGGCCAGGGCGAGUACUCGGGCUCCUGGAACUACGGCUUCGAGGUAGUCGGCGUCUACACCUGGCCCAGCGGCAACACCUACGGCGGCUACUGGUCUCAGGGCAAGAGGCACGGCCUGGGCUUGGAGACCAAGGGGCGCUGGGUUUACAGGGGCGAGUGGACGCACGGCUUCAAGGGCAGGUAUGGGGUCAGGCAGAGCCAAGCGAGCGGCGCCAGGUACGAGGGCACCUGGAACAACGGCCUCCAGGACGGCUACGGCACCGAGAAGUACGCGGAUGGAGGUACGUACCAGGGCCAGUUCACGGGAGGGAUGCGCCACGGUUAUGGAGUGCGCCAGAGCGUUCCUUACGGGAUGGCCACCAUGAUCCGCUCGCCGCUGCGGACGUCGCUCACGUCGCUGCGGAGCGAGCACAGCAACGGCGCCGUGCUCCAGCACGAGCCUCCCGCCGACUCACUGGCGCUCGGUGCGCCCGCCCGCCCGGGCCCGGGGCCUGGGCCUAGCCGCGGCGGCUUCGCCCUCAGCCUGCACAGCGCCGGCGACGCGGCCGAGCACAAGGCCAAGCGCCGGGGCCUCUUCCGCCGCACCUCGCUGCUCGGCAAGCUGAGGAAGAGCGACUCCAAGAGCUCGCUGGCCAGCCAGCGCAGCAAGCUGAGCUUCCUCAAGAGCGACGCCGGCCUCAGCUCGGCCGCCAGCGACGCCAACUCCACCAUCAGCCUGGGCGAGGGCGGGGGAGGAGGAGGAGGAGGAGGCGUCGACGACUUCCCGCCCGUCGAGGCCGACAUCGACGCCACCACCACCGAGAGCUACAUGGGCGAGUGGAAGAGCGACAAGCGCUCGGGUUACGGCGUGAGCGAGAGGUCGAGCGGCCUCAAGUACGAGGGCGAGUGGCUCGACAACCUGCGCCACGGCUACGGCUGCACCACCUUCCCCGACGGCCGCAAGGAAGAGGGCAAGUACAAGAACAACUUGCUGGUCAAGGGCAAGAAGAAGCACCUGAUCCCCCUCAGGACCAACAAGCUGCGGGAAAAGGUGGAGAGGAGCGUGGAAGGAGCGCAGAGGGCGGCGGCCAUAGCCAGGCAGAAGUCGGAGAUCGCCUUGUCCAGGUCUUCACAUGCUAAAACAAAGGCUGAGGCAGCAGAUCAUGCUUCCCAUGCAGCAAGCAAUGAAUCUAGUAUUGCACGGGCCAUCGCCAGGGAGCUUUCUCCAACAUUUUACCAACCAGGUCCAGAAUAUCAAAAACGAAAACUGCUGCACGAACUGAUAGAGAAUGGGGAUCAUGUGGAAAACACUGACCAAGAACCCCCAUCAAUAGAGGAACCUCCACCUACCCCACCAGAGAGCCCUGGCCUCCAUGGGACAGCCACAACUCCAUUCGAGUCAUCUCCUGCUGUCACUCCGUCACCGAGCCCUGUGGAGACACCACCAGAAGUACGAAAGAUUAGAGACUCAAAUCUUAAAAUGGAGGACCCCAGCUACUUGAGUCCAGGCAACUGGAAUGGGGAGCAAUCUAAAAACAAAAGCACAAGCAGCCGAUCCAGCGGUCAUCCUGGAGCACCUUCCGAUUUGUUGACCGUCCAGAUUGAGAACAGGUCAACGGCCAGCAGCCGAAAUGUUUCAAGGAGCUCUAGUCAACAAAGUAACAGAAGGACACCGACAAAAAUGGAGGAACAGUUGCAAAAUAACUGUGAUUUAGACAUAAAGCCUUUGGAAAGGAGUGAAAAUAAGCCUCACACAAAUCUAAAGAGCAAACCAAGAGAACUUAUCCCACCCAGUCGUCAGACUGAUUUUCAGUUCCAUGAAAGUUAUCACAGCUAUGCUGUGCGGCCGCAAGUAGGUCCCCCUCCUUUGGAUUUAUUGGAUGAUGUAGUUCCCGUCCCGUCCUUGUCCUUCAAGAAAGAAGCAAUCCCAGCAAAACCAUCAGUACAAGAGCCAAAAUCAGAGGUCAAAGUAAAAAAAGUACAACCAGAGCCUGAACCAAAGCCAGCACCUCGGGUGCAUGAAGCUGCACCACGUCCCAAACAGGAGAAACAGCUGCAACCCCAGCCGGAACCCAGACCUCAGCUCAAGCCAGAAACCAAACCUGCACCAAAACCAGUGUCCAAACCGGUAUCUAAAUCAGUAACACCGCCUGAAAUGGAAGGAAAGGAGGUGGCACCAUUUGAUCAGGGACCUAAUACCGUUAUGAUUGCCAUGGUCAUUUUGUUGAAUAUUGGCCUUGCCAUCUUGUUUGUGCAUUUCCUCACAUGAUUUGUUUCUGAGUCAUCGCAGAAGCCUGUGUACUCCGUCUCGUUGAGAAGAAGGAAGGUGAUUUUUGGAAAAUUGUACCUCCUGCAAGACUUGACACUCAGGCACUGCAGAAACUGAUUACAAUGGCCCUUCUUAAAGGAAUCCAGAUCUGUUUUUCAUCACCAGUUUGUGCCCUACAGUUUUGCAAAUGAGAUACAUUGGGAGACAUACAUCUGAGCGGAAUGUAUUUGUAGAAACUAACAGCUGCCUUACCUUUUGCCUGUGUUUAUAUUAUACAGUACUAGCUGCCAAGGAUUGUGCUCGAGAGCUUGAAUUAUUCUAUUGUACAAAUGGAUUUGGGGACUCGGGUUGGGGAGGGUGGAUUGGGAUGGGGAGGGAAGAAAAGAGAGAAUAACUGAUUCUUAUGGUUCUAUUUCAUUAAAAAAAAAGAGUUAGUUCAGGGAGAUCUUGCAAAUGUAUUUUUGUAGCUUGACUUUUUUGGUUAAAAUAAGUAAAGCAAAAUGAUUUUGGAUAUUAAUAUACUUAUUUAACAAACUUAACUGAAAGAUUUAGGGCUAUGUUUUCCUCUGUUCACUAUUUCGGGUUUUAAAAAAAGAAAAGUAAAUUGGUUUCCCUAGUUUAAACUCUUUUACUACUAGAAAAAAAGACCUUCAGUUGACAAUACUCCCUUUAGAGAUCGGCUUUUGAAAAAGGAUACAAGGAUGCCGUGCACUGCAUUCACAGGGCUUUUUAUAUGUUAAGGGAAAUGUUGGUCUACUGUGAAUUUUUAAUUAUUUUUUCUCACUAUAUUACCAUUCUAAUCAGAUGAGUAAGAGAACAGUGAUUCAUGUUAGCUGCAUGUUUUAACAGCGAGUUGUUUUUAAAAAAGAAAUCACAAUUUUAAACUAAUUAUACAGUCCUGCCAAACACAGCAUGCAAUUUUUGAAUAACACUAUAAUAAACUAAGGAGAAUGCACAGAUUUGCUCUUUAACAUCAUUAUGCUUUUGGAUUUAAGUUGAUUUAAAAACUUAUGGCGACCAAAACUAUUUUGCAACAAACUUAACACUUCACAUUUUGAAUGCCACGUUAGUUAGAAAUGGUGUACCUUUUGUUUGUAGUCAUAUAUUUUUGAGAAUUAUUUUUGGCACUUUGAGAAGUUGUAUAUCUUUUAAGUUACAAAUCACAAAUUUGAAAAAAUGGCCUCACAGUAUUUCUGCCAGUAUAUUCGAAGUGGGAAAAAUCAGAUUGAGCCAGAAAUUUCACAAUACUCGCUAAUUAAUUGCUUGCGGAAUAGUACUUUUCUUAUUUUGUGCCAAGACAUAAAAUGUUACUAGCUGUUCAGCUUCCUUUUCUCUGCAUGUGUGCACUUUGUAGAAUGAGCAUAGAUGGCAAAAUGUGACAAGGUAUAUAUGCUUUUGUGUGGAUAUACAUUCAGGUCUGUUUUUUGCUUUGUAAGAUUUAUAUAUAAAAGUAUAAAAUUACCUCAGAGACGCAUGCUUCUUCAAGAUAUUUGGUAUUUUCAGGUCUUACUAUAUAAUAUAAAUAAUUUCACCAGCCAUGCUGAUCGUCUAUCUUCCAGAUAUUUAUUCAUUUCUAUAUAAAUGUUAUUAAAUACUGUCUUGUUGGGUAUUUCUACAUGGGAAAAAAUUGUGGAAUGUGCUCAUGUAAAUCAGAAUGUAUUUAUAAUUUGCGGCUUAUAAUGGUUAAGAAAAAAUUCUUCAGAAGUUGAAUAUCCAAGGCAUUCUUGUGAGACUGUUUUCUGUCACUGCCGUAUGAUGUAAUUUUUAAUUGAAGUGAAAUGAGUUAAUUGAUCCGAGGCAUUUAUAGUUUUGAUAUUACAAACCUAGAAAAGAUUAGUGCCUUACUGAUAUUUCCUAACGUCAAAUAUUUAAGACAGUAAACUUUCAUUUAAAAUAGCCAUUUUAAAACAUCAGUCUAUUUUGAAUGAAAUACAUUAAAAUCUUAUGACAUUUGUUCUAGAUCAGCUGUUCUUAUGACAACUUGUACUAUCCAGAAAAGGUUACAUUAUAAUGAUCUCCAAGAACUUUGCAUUCUCCAACGAUAAAGUAGUAAGGGUGAUUUGAAAUUCUGCGGCUAUUGAAAUUGGAAACUGUUUGCCAAUCUCAACCCAUCCCUUCAGUUUCUCCAUUCCCCCUCUCCACCACACUCCACAUUUUUUUUGUUUCUUACCUUGCAUUGACUCUGAUUUCAAGCACUAAAAUUGAAACAGAGUCAUUGUUAUAAUGGCCUUGAGGAACUUGGCAUACUCCAUAGCUCUGCUUUGUCCGGUUCUUUCUAGAAUGUUUAUUUUGACAAGUUGAUGCAGAUAGGAUGAUUUGAAAUUCUGUUGCUGUUGAGAUAGGACAUUGUGCCAUAAUCAUCUGUGUCAUAAUUGAGGAAUUUUAAAUUAGAUGGGACUAAUAUUAACUAACUGGACCUUCCAUUAAUGAGGCGAUAAUAAGUGCAUUAUUUUACAGACCAUUGAUUUGUUUACUACAGUUUUUUUAAAUGGCCUUUUGUCACCAAAGCAACUCUCGGUUCCUGGUGAUGAACCUUUAUUAUACAAAUCAGGAUUUAAUUAUAUGUUAGGUAUCCAAUUGCAGUUUUAAGAACCUUGUGGCUGAAUCAUUCAUUGUCUACAGUUCAAUCAUUAGUCUCCUUAAUUUACGACUGUGUAAGGUGAUCACUGACAAUGGCAGCUGCUCUAGUUUAUUCCAAGUUAAUUCCAUAUGUUAUUUGUGCCUGGUGGAAUAAUAGUACUGUUCACUGGUGAUAUUGUCUUGGACUUCUCACCUCUCCACCCCACCCCCAUCACACCACCCAAGAGCAGCUGCUUUGUUUCUUGGUGUCAAAUAUGCCUCUGCCCCACCUCCUCCUCCCACAGCAAGAAGAUGGUCAAGGUGUGUAGAGGCGGUUGUAUUCUGCUGGACAAUUUAAAUCGUUUUCUUGUCCAGAAGUAGUCAUUCACUUCUUGCAAAGAUUUUACUCAACUUGUACCUGUAUUUUAACACUAACCUUUUAAAAAAAAACUCUGACAAUUGAUUUUCCACACCAACCAAAGUUGAAAAUUACUUUUGUAAUUGUUGUGUAGCUCUUUGCCAAACUAUCCUAUAAAUGUUUCAAUGACUGACAGUAGUAUAGCACUUUUCUAAGCAUUGAAUCUAAAUUUGAAUUUUUUUUAAUUUCCAUUUUAACAAAUAGUAUAUUUUGGAGAAAAGAAUAAUUAUUUUAAAUGGAAGAUAGACACACAAUGCUGGAGUAACUCAGCGGGACAGGCAGCAUCUCUGGAGAGAAGGCAUUGGUGACAUUUCGGGUCGAGACCCUUCAGACUGAAGGAAAGGGGAAACAAGUAGAUGUAGAGAGAUAUAGAACAAAUGAAUGAAAGAUAUGCAAAAAAGUAACAAUGAUAAAGGAAACAGGCUAUUGUUAGCCGUUUGCUAGGUGAGAACGAAAAGCUGGCGUGACUUGGGUGGGGUAGGGAUGGAGAGAGGGAAUGCAUGGGUUAUUUGAAGUUCUUUGAAGUUUUCAAUGGUCAGUUUCGUCCUUUGUGCUGAAUUAUAUGAACAGGCAAAGACCUGAAAACAUUUUUUUAUUAACUUUUUUUUUUGGAGAUAUAGGUGUGGAUGCACAAUUAAAUGGUUCUGAUUGGAUGCACACAUUAUUUGGCAGGUUAGGCAUCUUGUUCUGAUUUUGAACUGGUAAGGGAAUUUAUGAGAUAGUGGACCAUAUUCAUUAGCUGGUCUCCUGAGACCUGCCUGUGGAAAAUGGGUCGUAAUAUUUAUGUUAAGCAAGUUACUGAAAAUGUGAGCUGAUAGCAGUAGAAUGUGCAAAACCAAGCUCCCAGGGCCAGAAUGAAAAGGACAAGUAACCAUGUCCUUAAAUCCAUUUGAUGGGUUGCGAAGUGAACAUUUCCUGCAGAUUGAAAAGGAAAUGCACGUGAGAAUGACCAGGUUUGGAAUGAAAAAAAUGUAUACAGGGAAAGCAAGAUUUAAUUCCAAGCGAGAUAAGCAAUUAAAGAAAUGAAGCAUUUUCCAUUUUUGAAAUCUCCAAUUUAAAUGCUGAGUGAAGGAGAUUUUAUAUUUGACAUUUUAGUGCCAAGAAGCAGACUGGCAGUUAUUGCACAUAUCAAAUUAGUAAAUUGAUUAAAGUAUAGGAUUGAAGUGUAUGCGAUUUAAUUUUCUGUGGCAAGUUUAAUUGUUAUCUAUUGUGGAUAUACAGGAACUACAUGCCGAUUUAUUUCAGUGGUUCAUGAGGCUGCAAUGAUGCAGAGAGCUAAUGCAUCAAAAUGGAAACCUAUUACAGAUAAUAAAAUCAAUUACUUAUUGUAUGAUUUUAUGCCCAUUUAAUUAAUUCAGCCUGAUUAGGACCGAAUGUGAAUUGGGUGCAUUGAUAUAAAAUAAGAUGAAACUUCAAUCCUGAAGAUAGACACGAAAAGCUGGAGUAGCUCAGCGGGUUAAUCAGCAUCUCUGGAGAAAAGGAAUUAGGUGACUGUUCGGGUCGAGACCUUUCUCGCAGUCUGAAGAAGGGUCUCGAUCCGAAACAUCUCCUCUUUCUUUUCUCCAAAGAUGCUGUGUGGCCCGCUGAUUUAUGCCAGCUUUUUGUGUCUAUCUUCAGUUUAAACCAGCAGCUGCAGUUCCUACCUACGCUGAACUUUAAUUCUGAUAUACUGGAUCUAUUCUAAUCAAUAUUUGUUACAUUGCAAAAAUAACGAAGCACAGUGUGAUGAGAGAAUCCAUUCAAAAGUAGUUAAAUCAUACCAUUGCCAAAAUGACUUCAUAGAAUGUCACACAUGCAGUCAGUACUGGUGAUACUGGUUAUUGUGCUACUGUUAUGUACAUUUCAAUGUUUCAUCAAUCGCAUGAUCCUUGAAAUUCCAAUUACUUGAUAUUUAAUAGUUUACUAGAUUGGUGCCGAGGACUGAAAAGGAUUUAAAAUUUGCUUUUGGAGGAGCAUGUUAAGCACACACACAAACUCAUGCACGUAUCCUUAAUGUGAUGAAUGAUUAUGUUAAAGUGGAACUGUCCAACCCUGCCUGAAAUGUAAUGUUUACAGUAGAAUGCAACAGCGGUUAAGAUGCUUUUAUAAUACAAAGGCAUGAUUGAAAUUAAAUCUUGCUUCCACUUAGUUACUAUUACAGUAUAUGAAUAAAAACUGUAUUUUGGUUCACAUUCCACUGAUACCCAAAAUCGACAUCAGCUUUAAUUGUGUUUUUCAGCCCAUUUUCUCCUCUCCUAGGUUUUUUUUAAAUCACUUCUGCAAGAACCAGGAACAGCUGUCUAUGUAACAGAAUAUCAGUCUUCUGUGAGGAUUAAGAAAUAGAAGCAGGUCCUUGUGCUGCCUAGAUCAAGGCUGAUCAUAUUUCUCAAAGCUGCUUUUCUGCACCAUUCAGGCCCAUUGAUUCCCAUAAUAGCAUCAAUCUAUCAGUCUCCAUCUUGAAUAUACCCAGCAUCUAGACUUUACUAGCCCUCUUGGGUAGAGAAUUUCUAACUGUGUGGAGAAGUAUCUUCACAUCGUAGUCCUGAAGGGACCCGACACAAAACAUCACGUAUCUGUUUUCGAGAGAUGCUGCCUGACCCACUGUGUUCCUCCAGCACUUUGUCUUUUUAAUGUAAACCAGCACCUGCAGUUCCUUGUAUCUCUCAUAUUUUGGGACUGAUCUCCAGCUUGGGCAACAUCACCCCUGUAUUAAGGCCAUAACAAUUCUGUGUAUCUUUCAAUGAGGUCAUCUCUCAUUCUUAUGUACAACUGGUUUAUCUCUUUCUCAGAUAAAUUUCCCAUAUCAGGAAUCAAUCUAUUGAACCUUUGUUGCACUCCCUCUAUUGCAAGCAUAUCCUUCCUUUGAUGAGAAAUCCAACCUGUAUAUAAUAUUUUGGAUAUAAUUUCACCAAUAUUUGCAUAUAAGACAUCUCCACUGUUGUAGCCAAAUCCUCUUGCAGUAUGGACCCAACAUAUUGCUCGCCUCAAUAAUUGUUUGCUGCACCUGUGUACAAAGACCUUCGAACACGUUUCAAUCUCUUGCCAUUCAAAAAUACUCUUACUUUUCUCUUACAAACUCGAUUAGUAAUUCUGUCAUGUCUUUGUCCUUUCAUUUAGACUCCCUACAUCCCUCCUUUGUCCCUUCUCUCAACACACAUUUUCACCCCAUUUUAUACCAUCAGCAAACCUUUAAAAUAGUGAAAGAAUAUCUGUGGCCACUAUGACAAUUCUUGCACCAUUAAGCAAUCCUUAAUCCACACAAGUAUAUUAUGCCCAAUUCUCUGCUUUAAUGUAUAAUUACCUCUUGUGGCACAAUCUGUUUAAGUCCAUAUGAAAACUGUUUUCUCCCUUAUCUAUUCUACAAGUUAUAAUCUCAAACUUCAAAUAAAUGAAUCAAGCAUAAUUUUCAUCCCCCAUAAAUCCACAAUAGAUCUGGUAAUCUUAAUAAUAUCCCAAUGCCGUGUUUAAAACAAAAAUAGGAUUUUAGUUGAUACUUGUUUUAUCUGAAAUGGUUGUUUGUCCAACCUGUGUUAUCGGUUUCCUCAUGGAUCACAACUGGACUUUUCCUUUUGUAUUUCAAAGUACCUGUCUAGCUCCAAGAAGACCUUAUACUUGGCACAAGGUUGGCCACAUAGUCUACAGGACUCGUGCUGGAUUCUGCAGAGGACGGUGUUAGUCAUCCUGUCUCCAUCACUGUGAUGUUCAUACGGGGGCGGGGGGUGGUGAAGGCAGAUACAAUAUUGGCAUUUAGGAGGCCUUUAGAUAGGCAUAUGGAUAUAGAGGGAUAUGGCUCAUGUGCUGUCAUAGGAGAAUAGUUUAUCUUGACUCAUUUGGUGCAGAAUGUGGGCCAAAAAGCCUGUUAAUGUGCUUUAUUUUGCUAUGCUCUAUGUCAGUGGUUCUUAACCUUUUUGGCAUACGUAUGUCAUAUGUACCUUUGUUAGGUUCCUAAAGAUGGGCUCAACAAAUGAAUGUGUUAUUUAUGACCACCCAGGAAAGCCCCAAAUGACCCCCAUGGGGACCCGACCCCCAGGUUAAGAACCACUGUUCUAUGUAAAUUAUGCUAAGAAUCGGAACCCAUGGGAUAGAUUUUGUUUUGAAUUAAUAGAAAUUUUGAACCAAUUUUUCCUUGGCAAAAUUGAACCUCAGAUGUACCAAAAAUCUAAGUGCUAACCCGUCGGAUUGGAUUGAAAGCUAUACGCUUAUCGUUAAUGUUUGUAAGCUUUGAAGAAAACCCAAUGAACUGUGAUUUUUACACCAUUUACAUUACAUUUUGUAGGAUCUAGUAAGAAGUGAUAGAGAGUUUUAUAACUGAAUUUUCCAUUAAAUCUUAAACUAAAUUCUACCAAAUGCAAUCAGUCUGAGAAACCAGUCAUUGACAACGUUUCUCUUAUAAAGAACUGAAGCUGGUGAUUAGCAGUUAAUUUCUAAUUUAUGGUAACACCACACUUCAAACACAUUGACAAAGUAACAAAUGUACAGUAAGUAUUUACAUUUUGAAUUUGUAUUUCCCUCUUCCAUCAUAUUGCAUUCCUAAACUUUCCUGCAAGUGAAAAAAUUGCCUCCAAGUUCCAAGAUAAUGUCUAUAGUAUCAGCACAAGUCACUGUAAAAGUAAAACCAUGUUAGUUUACUUUAUGGAGAUAUUAAUGUUUUCUUAUUUCUUAAUCAUACAGAUUUUGCUUUUCACAUCUGCAAUUAAAUAAAUAUUUUUAAUUUCUUGGCUCUUUGUGCUUUUCAUUGUUUUCCAGAUCAAGGUUAAUCUUGGGUAUUGGGAGUUCUAAUAUUACCCCAAGAACCCAUGAGGGUUUCAAAACUAUUCAUAUAUUGAUGUCCAUUGGCAAAUACAAGCAUACCCUUCCCCUUUCUUAUCUUCACAAGCACUUUGUCAGAAUACUCAAAAAUAUUGGCUGCAUUCACUGCCAGUUAGAUAACGUCAGUAAAACUGCACCAAAGCCAUAUCAAUAAUAAAUGUGGGCAUUUAAGACACAAUAAUACUGUAUGAAAAGGUGACCCGAGGUCUGGUGAAAGUUUGGAGCAACAUUUUAAACAGAAAGGUGGGGGUUUAGCAAAUGACUUCUAAAUAAAGACUCAUACAGACAAAAACUGUCAACAAUUGUGAUUUUGAUUAGAUUGGAAAAUUGAAUACAGAAUUCUUAAGUGGGAAUCCUCAGAAGUCAAAUAUAUCUGACCAGUUUGUUUCAUUCAUCACUGCAUAAAUAUCCUGGAUUUCCUUUGCACCCAAGGCUACAAUGGUACAAUACAGCAGGUAUCCUACCUCAAUGAACAUAAACAGAGAAAUAGGGAAUCAAUGUGACCAUGAUGCUAUGUGUAGGAAGGAACUGCAGAUGCUGAUUUAACCCAAGAUAGUCACAAAAUGAUGGAGUAACUCAGCGGGACAGGCAGCAUCUCUGGAUAGAAGGAAUUGGUGGUGUUUCGGGUUGUGACCUUCAGACGGUCUUCAGUCUGAAGAAGUCUUGACCUGAAACAUCACCCAUUCCAUCUAUCCAGAGAUGCUGCCCGUUCCACUGAGUUACUCCAUUUUGUGUGUAUGUCCCUGAUGCUGUCACCCGUACAUUCUGUUAAACAUGUUAUAAGUUUGGCACAGUGGUGCAGCAGGAAAGAGCUGCUGCUUCACAGCUGCUAUGACUGGUUGCUGCUUGUACAGAGUUUGCACCUUUUCCAAUGUAACCAUUAGGCCCCCC